AUGUCGGAAAAGGAAGCACGUAGCCUUCGCUCGCGCAGGAAGGGCCUGCCUGCCCCUGCGCCCAACGCGGACACCCCUACCCCCUCGUCGGGCAAGACGACGUCCGGCGAGACGAAUACGUGGAGCAAAGGCACCAGUGGCAACCAGAAAACUAGUGGUGAUAAUGAGUCGGUACACUCGGAAGUGUUUGAUGAUACGGUAGUAGUUCGCAGUAGGUCGAAUACGCUAGUACGUAAUGAAACCGCUGUCGCGCCGCCGCCGCGGGCGCCGUCUGAUCGCGCAUCAAAUAGGGAUCGCGAAUCGGUACAUAGGGACCGCGAUAGUGAAAUAGCCGUGCUAAUGGCUCGGCUCGAGGUUCAUAAAGCCGCUCUAGUCGUUGCUAAGACAGAGUCCGAUACUGCAAAAUUGAGGCUGCAGAUUGCCCAAGUAAAGGCGCAAUCUGACGGCAGCAGUAUCGCGACUGAAGUCGAAGAACGAACUAGGAAUUGGGUAGAACGACAGCCGAAGACACAGCACGAGAUCGCGAAUGAUAGUAAAAUCCCGUUACCGAAACAGACCGCCGCGCCGCGCGCCGCCGCCGACCGGGCUAGCAGACCGCAACCGCGAUUUUAUGAAGUGCCACAUAAUAAUUACGCACCUAUCUACCACAAACCGGCCGAGUUACCCGCCUUCAGCGGAGAUAUCACAGAAUGGAUAUCAUUUAGGGCAGAGUUCGAGGACACGUCCCCCAUGUUUAGUGCCGUCAAUAACGUCAGUCGUAUUAGGCGCGCGCUUAAGGGCGAGGCUCGGACGGCCGUAAAAUCGAUUAUGUACACAGUUCAGGACCCGUACGAGAUAAUGGAAGCGCUAGAACGGCAAUUCGGCGACCCCGAGGAAAUUGUGCUUACGGAACUUCAUAAUAUAAAACGCAUGCCGCGUUUAUCCGAAGACAAUUCGAACAUAGCGUCAUUCGCCGCGCAUAUCGCGAACGCCGUCGCCACCAUUCGAUCGUUGCGUCAAGAGCAGUAUUUACACGCGCCUGAACUCGUGAACAAAAUAGUGGACAAAUUGAAUCUGAUAGUGCGCUACGAAUGGGCAAAGUAUAGGCAGUCUAACGUAGAAUCACCCGGGUUAGUUGCGAUAUCCGAGUUUCUUAACGAAAUUAGCACUGCAGCCAAGCGCGUCAACCGACAUAGGCCGUCUAAUAGAUUGCGGAAUACGGUGAACACGGUGUCUUUUGAGCACGAACCGAGACGAUCGAGCCAAGCUCUCUCUGGGUCUCGCGCCCCCGCGUUCCACCGCGAUUAUAGUUCGGAUUCGGAUGAAUCAGAUUCCCACGAAACAUACGCACGUGAUACGGGAAGUAGAUCGCGCAAUAGUAAACCGACUGUAGCUCAAGUCAAGCACCGCGAUGGUAAUUUGAAAAAAAAGCCCGCGUCAACCGGAGCUAAGCCCAAAAGGCAGAUAUCGUCCGUCUCUGUCUCGCACGCUACGUGUGUCAUAUGUAAAAGCGGCAAAGAGCACAAAGUUAGUGAGUGUUCUAAAUUUCUAGCUGCGACGAUAUCUGAGCGUUGGGACUUAGUGAAGGGUGCUAAAUUGUGCUUUAGAUGUUUAGACGCGAAUCACCGUAAGCCGUUUAAGUGCAAAUAUGUCGCGUGCGGCAUGAGUCAGUGCGAAGCCGGACAUAAUAAACUAUUACACGGAUUGAACGCGGCCGCGCCCGCGAACGGUAAUAGUACUCCGGCGGCAUCAGUACUCAACGUUAGACUUCCGCAGACGUACCUCAAAAUCAUGCCUGUAGAGGUGUCGGGACCGUUAGGUACCGUCCAAACUCUCGCGCUAUUAGACGAAGGCGCGGCAAUGACUUUGAUGCUACACGAAACUGCGGACAAAAUCGCGCCUCGCGUACGCGGUGAAACUUUAGAAAUAGAAGGUAUAGGCGGCGUAGUACGGGACCCAGAUUCGUAUUCAUUACGAGUCGCCAUACGGGGUUUUUGUAGCCGACAUAUGGAAAUGAUGGAGACGUUCACAGUUUGCGAUGUAGGUUUAGGCGCGCAGGGCGUACCGCGAGACGUAGUAGAUAAGUGCGAUCACUUAUCGAAAAUCGCGGACGAAUUAAGUUACCCGCCCGCAGUACCUACUAUCGUCAUAGGUCAAGAUAACUGGCAUCUCAUCGUUACUCGGCAAAUUUUAGACGGCCCGCCUAACCUUCCUGUAGCGAGCCUAACGCGGCUGGGCUGGGUAUUGCAUGGCCCCGAUCGCACACGGCGCGCCACAGUUCAUUUCGUAGGUCACGCACGGCCUAAAACCGCGGAGGACGAGGCCUUGGAACUUAUGAAACGGCAUUUUGAUAUCGAGUCAUUAGGCGUUUCGCAAAAGUUACCUCGGGCCGACCCCGACCAACGCGCGCUAGACUUAUUGAAAGCCACAUGCGAGAAGAUAUCGGGGGAGCAAAGGUAUCGAUCGGGCUUACUAUGGCGGACAGAUGACGAGAAACUCCCCGAUAACCGAGCGCAAGCAUUAAAACGGCUAUACAGUCUAGAACGGAAACUAGACCGCGAUGCGACACUUAAAGCCGAAUAUGCGAAGCAUAUGAGCAAUUUGCUCGACAAAGGUUACGCGGAGAAAAUGGACUCGCCACCGCCCCCCGAUGCACCCCGGACGUGGUAUCUAGCGCAUUUCCCCACUUUUCACCCGCAACGCGGCAAAAUGAGAUUAGUGUGGGACGCGGCCGCCACAGCUUACGGACGUUCGCUAAAUAGCGCGCUGUUGGCCGGCCCCGAUCUGUUAGAGUCACUUUUUGGCGUAUUAGUGCGCUUUCGCGAAGGUAAAAUCGCCGUGAUAGCCGACGUCAAAGAAAUGUUUUUACAGAUCGAAAUAAUUGAGCAAGAUCGCGAUGCGUUACGUUUCGUUUGGCGGGGGGAGGACCGCACCUCUCCACCGCAAGAAUACAGAAUGAAGCGGCUUAUAUUCGGAUCGGCAGCGUCGCCGACAACCGCGUUAUACGUCAAAAACGAAAACGCAAAAACGCAUAGUAAGGAAUUUCCGAUCGCAGCUGAAAAAACGAUAAAGAAUACGUACAUGGACGACAUGUUGAUCGCACUCGAUACGUCCGAGGAGGAAGCCAGACGCGUAGCAAACGAGGUUUACGAGUUAAACAUGCGCGCGUCAUUCGAGCUUCGCGGGUUCGCAUCGAACCAUCCUGCGGUAAUAGCUGACGUAGUUAAAAGUAAGGAGGAAACGUCGCAGUUAGGCGCAAACGAGAGCGAACGUACCUUAGGUUUGAAGUGGAAUCACAAGCGUGACACCUUAGGUUUCAACGUAAACUUUCGUAAUACGCCCGAAGACGUACUUAACGGUCAGAAAUGA